CGCUCAUCCGAGGCGCACUGGGACAAAACUUCGUCGGAGCAGUCACUCGCACGUUUUUCUAAAAGAAGUUUCAGUAAAAAAGGAUAAGAGGAAUCGACGGUUUCUCGCGGAGGGAAAUACAAAAUCGCGGUGUUUGCUCGCGAAAAUUCCGGCGAGUAUAAUACAAUCGGCGGAGAUCGAUGCGGGAAAAUGGCACGAUACAUCGAUUUCGGCGCGCCUAUUAUCCUUUUCCUGGUGGUCCACCUGGAGCAGCUGGCACUGCACAAACGAGCGUUUGUGGAAGGAAGAAUGGAGAAGCAGUUUGAGAAAUGCUGUAGUCUAGGCACAUCUUGGGCCAAAGAGAGUUUGAGGUGUGAAAAAUUCAUCGGGCCCGUGCCCGGAGUGCCGGUGGUAGAGCAAGGUCUCUGUCUGGAGGCUGUGGACAUCUGUUGCGUGCGAGCUUAUCACGAGCUGCAAUGUGAAAAAGGGAAAUCCGACGCACGUCAGGGUCUGGCGUGCGUGACGAGCACAACGCAGUCGAGGACACCCGGCCGUGGUGAUUACCAUCGUGAUUGUUGCGAGGCUUGCAAGCUAGGUAUCCUCACGGGGUCUAUGGCUCAAGGAUGCUCCUUUAAAAGCUUCUCGUUUGGUAUUCCUUGGGAUCCUGCGUUUUUGGAAUGCUGUCACGAGUCAUCGCCGAGCUCUACGACGGAUCUUACGAGCGAAUUAACCAGCGAGAGCACCGAAAGCACCUCGGAUUCCUCAUCACCGUCUUCACCAUCGUCGCCGUAUUCGCCGUCGUCGUCGUCUUCUUCAUCUGCAUCGUCCAUAUCUUCAUCGUCAGACGAUACGUCUUCUUCACCCACAUCGCCCAUAUCUUCAUCAUCAGACGAUUCGUUUUCUUCAUCUACAUCGUUCAUAUCUUCAUCAUCGGACGACUCGUCUUCUUCGUCUUCUUUGUCUCCUUCGUCUUCAUCGUCUUCUUCGUCUUCUUCGUCUUCAUCGUCGGGAUCUACGUCGUAUUCAAUACCAACUCCAGAGCUCGACGAUAUCUGUCAACUCAUGAAAGGCAUACUUUGCACUGACAUUUGCGUACCGACGCCCGGCUCGUAUUAUUGCAAGUGUCGUGACGGGUUCACUUUAUUGGAGGACGGAAAGACUUGCAGGCAAGAUCUGCCCACUGACAGAUGCAAAUCAACUCAUCCUUGCGAGCAGCGAUGCACCGACAACGGGGUGGCCGUUAUAUGCAGUUGCAAUCCAGGAUACGAUUUGGCUGAUGACAGGCGUUCGUGCAUUCCGAAGUCACCUAAAAAGAAGACACCGAACGAAGACGAGGAUAACGAAUUGUCACCGUUGUGUCCAUCCGGAUAUCGUUAUAAUUCCAUUAAACAAGUGUGCGAUGACGUGGAUGAGUGCCUAGAGCGCAACGUGUGUCCUGGAGGAGGAUGCCAGAACACCAUGGGAUCGUACAUCUGCAUCACGGAGAAGGCCGUCAAACGUGCGUCCUAUGAAGCCUGCCCGCCAGGCUACCAAUGGGAUCUACGUACAAGUGUGUGCGCAGACAUCGACGAGUGCACUGUCUUGUCGAACGCUUGUCCCACCGACAAGCCAUUCUGCGUGAAUACGCAGGGCAGUUACACGUGUUUGGAGAUGACCGGAGUGAGAUCUUGCCCCGCUGGGUUCAAAUUCGACAAAUCUUCGCAGCAAUGCAAAGAUGUGGACGAGUGCGCGGAAAAUAUUCACAGCUGUCUGGCAGAUGUUGAACAAUGUCGAAACAUCGAGGGCGCUUACGAGUGCGAUAUGAAGUGCGAGAAGGGAUUUACGUACAAUAUCGGUUUAGGUGCCUGCGUCGACGUUGACGAGUGCAUCGAGUCGAGCAACCCUUGUCCCGAUCCCAGCACCAUAUGCGUCAACACAGACGGUGCAUACGAGUGCACAAAGAUAUCAGCAAAUCUUUUUCCGCAUCCUGCGAUGAAGAAGGAUCCGUCGAAUCGCCAGGACAACGCGCGACCGGGUUUGUUGACCUGCUCUGCAGGAUACAAGCCUGCGAAUGACUCUGGAAUGACCAAGUGUAUUGACGUCGACGAAUGCAGCGAGCAAUUACAUUCCUGCGAGCCCGACGAACGCUGUGUUAACGAAAUCGGUAGUUAUAGAUGCCUACCAGACGACAAGAAUAAAUCUACCACGGAAAGGAGCAGACUUUAUAGAAUCGACGAAACGAGUAAGUCGCCGGUUGCGAACGAAGUCGAGAGUUGCGGCAGCGGAUACUUUUUCGAUGGAAAAUCCCGCCGUUGCAUCGACGUCGAUGAAUGCGUCAAUGGAAUCGCGGCUUGCGGAAUGAACGAGCGUUGCGUGAACGCGGACGGUGGUUACCGAUGUUCUCCAGCCUGUCCGCACGGUUUCCGGCCGCGCAACAUUUCUCGCUUCGCCGGCGAAGCCGAGGAAACUUGCGAAGACAUAAACGAAUGCUCGCUCGGUCUGCACGCCUGCAACACUUUGACGCAUUACUGUCUUAAUACAAACGGCUCCUACGUUUGCGAAGCGUUGACCACUACCACCAGCACCACCAGCACCACCGCUAGAAUAUCAACUAGCAGCGUAACGACACCAAGAACAUUCAUCGGCUCGCGCUACAACAGAGUGCAGGUGUCCAAAAGCAGUCUUAACACGGAUCGUUAUUGGUCCACGGAACCGUGUCGAUUAGGAUACAAGAGAGACGCUAACGCAGGUUAUUGCGUGGAUAUUGACGAGUGUACGGUCGGUCCGGGAUGCCGGGAUCACGAGAAAUGCAUGAACACUCCGGGCGGCUACGAUUGCUCGCCUCUGUGCAGCGCCGGCUGGUACUUCAGCCCGACGACGAAGGGAUGCCAAGAUGUGGACGAGUGCUUGUUAGGCAGGCACGAUUGUCCUCAGGGCACGCACAGAUGCGUCAACACAAACGGAUCCUUCGUCUGCGAGCUGAUACCGCCGUGCAGCCGUGGCUUCAAACGAGCCUUCAACGGCAACUGUUUAGACAUCGAUGAGUGCUCCGAGGGCCUGCAUAACUGCCGGCUCGACCUGCAUCAGUACUGCGUGAACCGAGAGGGCGGCUUCGAGUGUUUGACCAGGCUGCCCUCCUGCUCGACCGGCUAUCAAUACUCUUUGGGCACUCGACGAUGUGAGGAUGUCGACGAGUGCUUGGUUGGGCAUUACAAGUGUGACGCCAAGUUCUCCGAGAGAUGCGUUAAUUUGCCGGGCACAUACAGAUGUAUAUUGUCUCGCAGGUGCGAGAGACCUCCGUCUACUCGUCAACGUCAACGACCCGCUUGCCCCUCCGGCUACCGGUAUCACUCCAAGUUCCGCAUGUGUACAGACGUAGACGAGUGCGCUGACGGGCUGCAUGCGUGCGGCGACGAGAUCUGUUACAAUCAACCAGGUGGUUACAGCUGCGCGAAAGCGCCUGUACCGAUGACCAGGCGGCAGUCCACGACGGCGAUGCCGGCGCCGGCGAACCAGAAGUGCAUGGACGGCACGAAGUUCGUGAGAAAUCGCGGCUGCGUCGAUGUCAACGAAUGUAGGGAGAUCGAAGACGCUUGCAGCAGCAACGAGGAAUGCGUCAAUACUAUGGGCAGCUAUCAGUGCAUUUGUAAGACCGGUUUCAGGCGCGAUAAUCUCACGCAAGCCUGCGUCGAUAUCAACGAGUGUCAGUUGCAGGAAAACGACUGUCUGCCGACGCAACGAUGCGACAAUACAAUCGGCAGCUAUACGUGUACGCGUUUUCUACCCUGCGGCACCGGAUACACGCUCAACGCCGCGACGGAAAUUUGCGAGGACGAUGAUGAAUGCGUUUUAGGCACACAUGACUGUGGGUCUGGUUAUCAGUGCAGAAACACUCUUGGCUCGUAUCGCUGCGAUCGUAUCCCGCGUAUACCGACUCCGCAGCCACGCACGUCAGUGAUGACGGCGAGGACCGCGAUGACCACGACGACGCCGAAAUCGUUGACGCCUGACACCUGGCCGAAUUGUCCGCGCGGCUUCGAGCCCGGCUCCAGCGGCAAGUGCAUGGACAUAGACGAGUGCCAGAGAACGCCGAAUCCUUGCAGCAGGACCAUGCAGAUGUGCGUGAAUACUCUGGGUUCCUACAGAUGCGCGUCCAGAGUGAUUUGCGGGGCAGGCUACACUCUGGACACGUCGGGCCAGUAUUGCGUCGACGUGGACGAAUGUCGCGAGGGAACGCACGAGUGCGGCAAGGGCCAGACCUGCGAGAAUAGGCGAGGCGGGUACCACUGCAUUUGUCCAUCCGGCCACGCGAACGGACCGAACAACGACUGCGUCGACAUCGACGAGUGCAGCAUCUACGGCAACAGCAUCUGCGGCUCGAACAGCCGCUGCGAAAACACCGUCGGCUCUUACAAGUGUCUGUGCGAAGAGGGCUUCGAGAACGUUGGGGGAGACGGUGCCGGUGCUUGCCAUGACGUCGACGAGUGUCAGCGCACACCGGGACUCUGUCAGCAAGUGUGUCUGAACGUUUGGGGCAGCUACAGAUGCGGAUGCGAGUCUGGCUUCCGGCUGAACGCCGAUAAUCGAUCGUGCAGCGACAUCGACGAGUGCACGGAAUUCAAGGACCACAAUCUCUGCAUCGGCAUCUGCGAAAACACGCCGGGCAGCUACGCGUGCAAGUGCCCCGACGGCUAUAGACUCGGUAUCGACGGUCGAACGUGUCAAGACAUCGACGAGUGCGCGACAGGCCGCGUCUGCAGAGAUGCGGAGGAGAUGUGUCAGAACACGCGCGGAAGCUUCCGAUGCAAUCGGAUCACCUGUCCCCCGGGAUAUCACCGGGAUUCCAUGAGGAAGAACCGCUGCGUACACUCGUCGAGAUAUUGCCGCUUAAAUGACUUGGCUUGCCUACGCUCACCCACGCACUACUCCUACAACUUCAUCACCUUCGUGAGCAUGCUGCCCAUCCCGUCCACCGGUCAGCUGGAGCUGUUCACCAUGCGAGGAAACCAUCAGCCCGAUUCGACGAUACAGUUCAGCAUGGCAUUGGUGGACGUGCGCGCACCGCCCGGUAUCGCGCGCGCCACGGAGUCCUGCUUCUCCCUGAAGAGACCGGCGCCGUCUCAGGCGGUCCUGGUGCUGACGCGCAGCAUCCCGGGACCGCAGGAGAUCGAGCUGGAUCUCAGCAUGGAGAUUUAUCACGACACCAUGUUCAUCGGCAGCGCAAUCGCCAAGAUCUUCAUAUUCGUGUCGCAAUAUGAAUUCUGAAAAGAUUCUCCGAGCA